CCUGAAUCACGGCUGGUUACUACCUGCCCUUGUAGCCAGUAAUUCAUCUCAUUCGUCUUUCCUUAUCGACCCUUUUCUCACAGGAAAUGGCGGCUCCCAUAACGACCGUAUCCGAGAGCCGCGAGGUUCGAGGCCUCAACCUCAUCGCCGCGCACUCCCAUAUUCGCGGUCUCGGAGUCGACUUGGCGACACUUGAACCCCGUGGAACCUCGCAGGGCCUGAUUGGACAGGAGAAGGCACGAAAAGCAGCUGCUGUUAUACUCCAGAUGGUCAAAGAGGGAAAGAUCGCAGGAAGGGCUGUCCUGGUAGCUGGACCACCAAGUACAGGCAAGACUGCCAUUGCCAUGGCCAUGGCUCAAUCUCUCGGCCCCGAUGUUCCCUUUACGAUGCUCGCCUCCUCAGAAAUCUUUUCCCUGGAGAUGUCGAAAACAGAAGCCUUGACACAAGCAUUCCGAAAAUCCAUAGGCGUGAGAAUAAAAGAAGAGAGCGAGAUCAUUGAGGGAGAAGUUGUUGAGAUACAGAUUGACAGGAGUGUUUCAGGGGGUAACAAACAAGGCAAACUCACCAUAAAGACUACGGACAUGGAGACAGUCUACGACAUGGGAACGAAAAUGAUCGAUUCAAUGACGAAGGAGAGAGUGAUGGCAGGGGAUGUCAUUUCUAUUGACAAGUCUUCUGGCAAGAUUACAAAGCUGGGGAGAUCAUAUACGAGAUCGAGAGACUAUGAUGCCAUGGGCGCAGACACAAAAUUCGUUCAAUGCCCAGAAGGCGAACUUCAAGUCCGAAAAGAGGUUGUGCACACAGUCAGUCUACAUGAGAUCGAUGUCAUCAAUUCCAGGACGCAGGGAUUCCUUGCACUUUUCUCUGGCGAUACUGGCGAGAUUCGAAGUGAAGUCCGAGACCAGAUCAACACGAAAGUGGGAGAGUGGAAGGAGGAAGGCAAAGCUGACAUCAUUCCCGGUGUACUGUUCAUCGAUGAAGUACACAUGUUGGACAUUGAGUGCUACUCAUACAUCAACCGUGCCUUGGAGGAAGAUUUGGCGCCUAUUGUCAUUAUGGCAAGUAACAGAGGGAAUACCCGGAUACGAGGAACGACCUAUAACUCGCCUCACGGGCUACCGCUGGACUUUUUGGAUCGCGUUGUCAUCAUCAGCACUCAGCCUUAUUCGCCCGAAGAGAUCUCCCAAAUCCUGGCGAUUCGGGCACAGGAGGAAGAAGUUGAUCUGUCAGCAAAUGCGCUGGCCCUCCUCACGAAGAUCGGGCAGGAGUCGGGGUUGAGGUACGCCAGCAAUAUCAUUACCACGUCGACAUUGCUCAGUCAGAAGCGAAAAGCAAAAGAGGUAGGCAUCGAAGAUGUCCAACGGAGCUACAAAUUGUUCUACGAUCCUACGAGGUCUAUCAAGCUCGUGAGUGAUUUUGAGAAACAGUUCAUCAGCGAGGAUGGACAGGUCAGCUUUGGUGUCAAUGGCACCAACGGGACGAAUGUCGAUGCCAUGGACACUGCUUGAGACACAAGGUGAGGGCAUCGAGCCCGCAAGAAGGAUAUCACCAACGGCUCAACGUCCUUGACAUGAUGAAAGUCAUUCGUGGUGGGUCGACUUUAAUAGUCAAACGGACCCUGGGGCCCAGAAAGACCCCCGGAGCAAAGGCGCUGAGCUACGGUGGUGGGUGGUACGCCCGUAUUUGCAUUGUUGUCCAUCCUGAAGCCACACGUCUUCGGAAAAGGCAUCCUCCUAGAUGCGAGGCCGGCAAGAGUUAGAUCGUAGCUGGGAGGCUUUGCGAACGUGCUUCGCCAUUGAAUGGUCAGAAACUGCGAGUUUCUCAUGUAUCAUGGUUGCAGACAAUGUACAAUACGGGGAAUGGAGGCUGUGGUCACAAUGCCGGUAGUACUCAAGUACAAGGGGGACUAGUGACCAGAACUCCUUGAGACUUGUUCGAUGAAGACUGUUUUCAGCGGUUACCAGCUCUUUGUUCUCAGGUUCCCCACC